CCAAAUGUCUACAUCCGGUGAGUAAGAUUACUGCAUCUCUCAUUUCGGUGUGAAGACAUCAGUUGUGCAAGAGCGAGGCUGCGUACCACAAUGAUUGGAAGACUGACUGCCCUGAUUUUUCUGAGCACAGUGUCUCAGAUUCAGACUUUAAAGCUUCCUCAGCAGCUCCCUUCGACUGUGGUUCAACUCGGUGACAGUUUGACUCUGUCAUGUGCAAUCCUUGGGGAUCAAGACGCUUUGUUUUACUGGUAUAAGCUGAAGUGUGGAUAUAUGCUCCAAACAGUUGGAGCAGGAACUUUUGGCAAAAUAUCCCUCGAAGGACAAUUUAACAACUCAAGAUUCACAUUAAAAAAAGAGAGCACUCAGUGUCUUCUUAACAUCAAAAAUGUGAGCAAAGAAGAUGAAGCGACAUAUUUCUGCCAAGCAGGAUCUGCAUACACAAUGAAAUUUCUUAACGGCAUAUUUUUGUCUGUGGAUGAUCAUAAAAAUCAGCAGAAAUCUAAUCAGCAGAAAUCUUUCUACGUGAAACAAAGUUCUGAGAUUGAGUCGGUCCAGCCGGGCGACUCAGUGAGUCUCCAGUGUUCCCUUCUCUCCAAGAACAAAGAAAACAACGAUGACUGUGCAGGUGAACACAGACACGCCUCUGAUGCUGGGAAUUACUACUGCGCUGUGGUGGCAUGUGGAGAGAUUAUGUUUGGUGAAGGAACUAAAGCCCAGACAAGACAACAGUGGGACCCAGUUGUCAUCAUCCUCGGGUCGUUGUUGGCUCUCUGUGUGAUUGUGAUUACCAUCCUUAUUUGCUCAAGAAACUGA